AAAAAAAGAAAGGUAAAAUUGUAAUUUUUGAUAAAAUUAAAAAUUUUUUUUUUGUAUAAUAAUUAUUAUUUUAUGUUAGAAAAAGCUUUCAACUUCAUCUGAUGGCGUUGCAGAGAAAAAGUCUAAAUCAACUGAUAGGCGAAGAUUAGUAGAAGAAAACACUGGCGAUUCAUCAAAUAAAAUGUCAGAAGAAACAUCAAAGGAAAAUGAAAGUGUCAAGGAUGUUAAAGAAUGUGAUGAAGCAUCUAAAUUGUUAGACUUAUACAUGGCAGAACUUGAUCAAGUACAAAGUGAAGAUGAAGAUGAAGACUAUAGGCCUCAUUGGGAACUUCACUGGAAGAGCGUUAAUGUUGGAGUAAAUUUUCAAGCUCUAGUAACAGAUGGGUUAUCGACAUAUGGUGAUGUAAUGCCUUAUGAAAAUAAUGAUGAACUGUUAUGGGAUCCAAAUGUAUUGGGUGAAGAUUUAAUUGAAGAUUAUUUGACAAAAAUCCAGCAAAUUACAAAGGCAUUAAAGCCAAAAUCUAAAGUUGUUGGCAUUCGGGAUAAUGAAAAAGCACUUUACUUGUUAGUUCAAUGUGGUCAUGAUGUAGCCGAAGCUCUAAGAAGAAUGUCAUUAAAUGUAGUACCUUUGGAGAAAUCAUUAAGUGUCUGGUCAGAAGAUGAAACAUUGAAGUUUGAGAUGGGAUUACUGAUAAGCGGAAAGAAUUUCCAUGCCAUACAAAAAGAGGUUAAAACUAGAUCAGUAGCAGAGUUGGUUCAUUUUUAUUAUUUCUGGAAAAAAAGUGAUAGGCAUGAUCAAUUCGAAAGAAAGCAAGUUUCAAUGCGUCCAGAAAUGAAGCAGUGGCAACAUUGGGAAUCUGAAGAAGAUCAAGAUAGUGAUUUUGAUACAAGUAUGUUUCCAGAUAAUAGUCACGAUGAUAGUGAGGAUAGCUUGAACGCUGCUGAAAAUAAGGCACAAAUGAAAUGUUUAAUUUAUGCUGAUCGCAAAAGACAAGUACGAAAAAAAGCUACAAAUAAUGCUUGUAGCAAUACUAAUACUAGUACUAACACUAACUAACAUUCAGUGCACCCCUUCAGGUACACUUAUAAGCCAUGAAAUAUUAAACUAUAGCGAAUAUUUUACUUCCCUUUUCCAGAUUGAGAAUUAAUAAUUCAUCCAAAAAUUGUGUUAUAUCGUCAAAUUUAAUACAAUGUAAUAUUUCUUCAUGAUUACAUAAUGCCUGACACUCGGAAACAGUUUGAGAAAUCCACAGAUAAUGCAUAAUUACCCGUUCAAGUUACAUUUGGAAAUAAAUACUUCAAUAAUAGUUAUUCUCAAAUAUCAGAUUAACUUAAGUUUUCAUCACAAUGAUAUUUUAAUUUCAGCUAUGGUGAUACAGGUUUGCAUAAAAUACAAAGUUGAUCUUAGAGCAUUAUAUAAUUAACAUAUAUUUAUAUAUAUAAA